GCGGAUGGCGCAGAGCUGGGCCGGCUUCUCGGAGGAGGAGCUGAGGAGACUGAAGCAGACGAAAGAUCCGUUUGAACCACAGCGGCGUGUCCCUGUGAAGAAAAGUCGGCAGCAACUUCAGCGAGAAAAAGCUGUUUUAGAGCAAAGCCAGAAACUGGGUCUUCAAGAUGGAUCGGCCUUGUCACCUCCAGAGCGGCCGCUUUCUGCGCCGAAGCAGAGACCUGACACUCGCAAAGCACCUUCUCCCCUUGCUCCUCCCAGCGCUCUCACCCACACCACUCCCUUUGGCGACGGAAAACCUCCGCCUAUCGAAAGCCAACCAAGGGAAACCAGACUUGAAAAUUCCCAUGAUGGUCACCAAAAUGUUGAGGUUUUACCUCCCAAACCAGAUUGCAAAUUGGAGAAAAAGACAGUGGAAUUGCAAGAAAAAUCUCGUUGGGAAGUCCUCCAAGAAGAACAACGGCUAAUGGAAGAGAAAAAUAAACGUAAGAAAGCUCUGUUGGCUAAAGCUAUUGCAGAAAGAUCUAAAAGAACUCAGGCAGAGACCGUGAAACUGAAGCGGAUCCAGAAGGAGUUACAGGCAUUAGAUGACAUGGUCUCCUCUGACAUUGGAAUCCUCAGGAACCGGAUUGACCAGGCCAGCCUCGACUACUCCUAUGCCCGGAAGCGUUUUGACAGGGCUGAGGCAGAGUACAUCACAGCAAAGCUGGAUUUACAGCGCAAGACGGAGCUCAAAGAGCAACUCACCGAGCAUCUCUGCACGAUCAUACAGCAGAAUGAGCUUCGGAAGGCCAAGAAGCUGGAGGAGUUGAUGCAGCAGCUGGACGUGCACGCUGAUGAGGAAGCACUGGAGCUUGAGGUGGAAGUGGAAAAGAUGCUUCAGGAACAAGAAAUGGAAGCAAGGAGACAAGUGGCUCAUCUGGAGAGGCCACUUCCCCCUGCUGGGGAGAGUCUGACUGUAGGACUUACGGAUGAGAACACGAAACCUCAAGAACAAGGUGCUUCCCCAAAGAUACGUGACCAGUGUGAAAGUUCCAGUAGCAUUCCCGUUAGAGCAGGCUAUCCAGAACAAAAAGCUAAUCACAUUUCCACUGUUGGGACCACGUGAAGUACCAGAGUUGUUUUUUAAGUUCAUAUGGAUAUCUAUAAAGUGUGCUUCCUCGAAGAGAUUUUUACCCUGUACCUCUGCUAAAUGACUGGUUAAAACUGUUCAUUUUUGAAUUCAUGAUUGCUGUUAGUAGGUUAACUUGUUUGAGAAUUCUGGUCCCAAAUUAUGAUAAAUUUAUAUCAAAGAAUAUGUCCAAUACCUUCAGAAUUCCUUUUCUCCUUAUUACUAGGUG